AUGGCUGCAGGUCCUGCCAACGGUGCCCUUGGGCUCACCUUCACCGUCAUGCGAGGCAUGCAGUUCCUCGCACUCAUCAUCAUAAUUGGUCUGAGUGCCGCGUUCGCCUCGGACAUUGUUGGCUCGCAUUAUGAUGCUCCCUCAGCUCUCAUCGGCACGCUGGUCGUGGCCUGCUUGACGGUCGUCUACAUCAUCAUCAGCUACAUCCUGUACUGGGACUCGAUGCUCCCACUGCUCAUUGCCACAGCAGCCGACUGCAUGUGUCUGAUUGCUGGCAUCGUCGUGGCCUCUGUGGUAGGAAAGCCCGUCAGCUAUCUCAGCUGCAGCUCAUUCCCUGCCCAAGGCAACACGGCCAACUUUCUACACUCGCUGUUUGUGAAUGUGCAGCGCCUCAGUGACAACACCUACGCCUGGGUCGACCCAAGCAAGGGCUCAUGCCUACAGCUCAAGGUCAUCUGGGGCCUCAGCAUCUGCCUCUGUGUCUUGUUCACCCUGUCAGCGGCCACAACGGCUUUUCUGUGGAGAAGCAUCAAGAUCGUCAACGCCCCUCGCCCCGGCAAGGAUCUCGAGUGA